GAGGGCGCUCCUAUUUCCCAGUUUUCGCCCGAUGACGUGACGGGCCAUUGACCAGUUCAAGCCGAGACAGGGUAAAAUAAUUCCCUCAAUUCCGUUGGAAGCAAAAAGAUGAGGGAGGGGGAACUCGAAUGGAAGGCGUCGGUGCAACACAGAGGAGACAAUCGAGUUUGAUAGAGCUUUAAAAAAUGAAUAUAUCAGACGUAAAACCAACAUUAUCAAAAUAACAUUGUUACCCAGGAUACACGGGACUUUUUACAGUAUUUGACUGUCCUAUAUCUGUCAUUACUAAAGGCAGUUGAGCCUUGUUUAUAUUGUUUUGCAAGCGAGCUUUGAACAGGGUCGGGAGGCCCAAUCUGGUGCGGGAAGCGGCCGCCUUCUUCGGAGUGUUGUUGUUGAGUGGUUCGGUCUUUUCGCUCACCAAAGAAUAUGAAACAGGUGUCACGAUGACGUCCAGAUUUGGUAAAACCUACAGCCGUAAGGGAGGUGACGGCUCAUCAUCCAAGUUUGACGAGGUCCUGUCCAACAAGAGAGCCACGCUCAGCACCAAAUGGGGCGAGACGACAUACAAGGCCAAGGUGAGCUCCAAGCGCCCCGGCCAGAAGACUGAGGUGGCAGAGCAGCCCAAGAGGCCCAAACUCUCCAACGAGAGCUCCGAGGACCCCUUUGGGUUUGACAGCGAUGAGGAGUCCAAGACGGUCACCUCUCGCGUCCCACAGGCAAAAGCCUCCCCAGUCAAGCCUGCAUCCACAGAACUGCCCCUGGCAGGGAGGCCAGGCUUGACCCUGGAGUCCAGCAGCAGAACCAGCCUUGCUCCCAGUAGAGCAACCUCUAGUCUGGGGAUUGACAGAACCCAACUGAGGGUCACCGAGGACACAGCCAGGUUCUUCAACACCACCCCCACAACAGCCAAGCCAAGCCAACCGAGCUGGUCUAAUGAGGGUGCGACUGCAGAGAAACAUAGCUACUCAUGGUACAGCAACGCCUCGGAGAGCGACAAGAAACCCAUCGCUCAGACCACCACCCUAAAGAGCGAGGCCAAGGACUCUUACGACAACUGGGAUGCUGUGAUGCUUCUGGGGCCCACCUCGCCCACCCCAGAGCCCACUAGAAACCCCUCAAUGUGGGGUGGCGCGGGCAGCUACGGCCUGGGUCUGGCCAGGGAGGACAAGCCAUCCCCAGAGCCGAUCCCCAGUUACGUAGUGGGCCAGGGGGACUUCGCAGUCCCCAUCGAGCCCUCCGAGUCCCAGGACCACUCCCAGUCUCUCCUCAGGGCUAGCACCAACUGCCGGACCUACCACCGGCCCAACAAAGGCAAGCAGGCCGGGGACUCUGACAGUACCAGUAGUACUAGCACCAGUACCAGCACAUCCUUCAGUAGUGGGCCCGGAUCUGGCCCACUCAAGACCAACAAUACGGAGAACAGCAACAAGCCGGCGGGCCGUGGGAGGACGAGAGACUACACAGUGCUGCACCCGUCCUGCCUGUCGAUGUUUAACGUCACCAUUCAGGACCGGGUCAUGGAGGAAUACACCCCCGCUUCCGCCGUGGCUGCCCCCAUGACAGACCCGGGAGAGGCUGGCCGACUGAAAAAGAAGAAUGAACCAGCACCGGCCAAGCCCAUCAGGUUCAGACCUACACAGAGCAAGGCCAAGAAAGACACCAAGCUGGACUUCUUUGGCUUUGAGGAAAACGAGGCAGGCUGUGGUGCCAACCAGGAGGAGGGCAGUUCUGACCCUGUGGCAUCCGGCAGCUCCAAUUACAAGAUUAAGUACUUUGGCUUUGACGAUAUGAGCGGCAGUGACAGCGACGAAGACGAGGGCUCUCACGCCAAAGAGAGGAAGGCUAAGAGGGCUGUAGCCAUCGCUGCUGCAGCCACAGCCUCCCUUGCUGCCAUGGAGAUGAGGGUGGACAGCCCCCUGUCCAGCAGUGAGGAGCUGGACAGUCAGACCAGCAGCAACACAGAUUUGAUGGACUUCCCAGAGGACAACUCUGCCUCUGUGGGCCUAGAGAUGCCCAGGAGACCUCAGGCAAAACAGGUGGAGAAAUCCAAGGAGAGCAGGGAGACCAAUAGGAAGAUCUUCAGUGGUCCCAAAAAGUCUCCCACUAAAGCUGUGUACAACGCCAGACACUGGAAUAGAGAGCCAGAGGAGCUGCCCCCGCCACCCGUACCCCGAUCAACCACUGCACCCGCCAGCCAGUCGAGCGGGAGCAGCAAGGAUGCCAACUCUCACAAAGACGACGGCCUGUUCAAAGCGCCGCCAUGCCCGCCGCCCAAAGUCAUCAAGUCUGUGUCGUUCCCCACCGAGCCCUACCAGGACAUUGUCACUGCACUGAAAUGCAGGAAAGAGCACAAGGAGCUAUACACAGUAGUCCAGCAUGUCAAGCACUUCAACGACGUGGUGGAGUUUGGCGAGAACCAGGAGUUCACCGAUGACUUUGAGUACCUGGCCACUGGCUUGAAGAGUGGCCAGCCCCUCAACACACGCUGCCUUAGUAUCAUUAGCCUGGCCACCAGGUGUGCCAUGCCCAGCUUCAGAAUGCACCUGCGGGCCAGAGGGAAGGUGGCCCAGGUCUUCAAGACUCUCAACGAUGCCCCACAGCACCCGAACCUCUCCCUGUGUACGGCCAGUCUGAUGUACAUCCUGAGCCGAGACCGACUCAACAUGGACCUGGACCGGGCCAGUCUAGACCUGAUGAUCCGCCUGCUGGAGCUGGAGGGGGACCACUCUGUGGCCAAGGACAACCAGCUCACUGCCAAGGAGAUGUCAAAGGUCAAGGAGAAGAUCCGCAAGCUGUGCGACACGGUGCACAACAAGCACCUGGACCUGGAGAACAUCACGACGGGGCAUUUAGCCAUGGAGACCUUGUUAUCGCUGACCUCCAAGCGGGCUGGGGACUGGUUUAAAGAGGAGCUUAGGCUCCUGGGAGGCCUGGACCACAUAGUGGAUAAAGUGAAAGAAUGUGUGGAGAACCUGAGCCACGAGGAUGACAAGGAGAAGCUGGUGGCAUCGCUGUGGGGAGCCGAGAGGUGUCUACGUGUGCUGGAGAGCGUAACUGUUCACAACCCAGAGAACCAGGGCUACCUGAUUGCUUAUAAGGACUCUCAGCUUAUCUGCUCCUCAGCCAAGGCCCUGUGGCACUGCGAGGAGAUGAUCCAGCGCUACAGCCAGGAGACUGAGGUGAACAGUGCCCUGUGCUCGGCGGGCACUGCCCUGCCAUACGCCAGCCACAGCAAUGUGGGUAAGGCCGUGGAGGACUGCAUGAAGGCCAUCAUCGGCGUGCUGCUCAACCUCACCCACGACAAUGAGUGGGGAAGCACGAAGACAGGCGAGCAGGAGGACAUGAUCAUGACAGCUUUGAACUGUGUGCUCCGCGUCCCACAGUACCUUCAUCAGGAGAGGAGGUUCGACAUCCGAGUACUGGGUCUGGGUCUGCUGAUCAACCUGGUGGAGUACAGUGCUAGGAACCGCCACUGUCUGAUGGAGAUGGAGAUGGACGGAGGAGCUCCCUUCAACUCUGUCCUGGUGGCUGACAAAGAGGAGCUCAAGACGGAAGGAUCGCUCACCGCCAUCGCUGCCCUGGUGCAGCUCUUCCUCCAGCGGGAGCAAGCGGCCAUAGCGGCAGAGGCGGAGACGGAUGACUUCAUCAACGACGUGCCCAAACCCAAGCUGGACCAGAGCGGCGAGUGGCAGGAGUCUGGUGGCGAGAUCCAGUGGGUGGCCUCGGAGAACAACAACACCAACGCCGUCAGCGAGAAGGAGAAGGCCAAGAAGGAGGAGGAAAACGAGGAGCUAGACCUUACCAAAGCUCUGCAGCAUGCUGGGAAGCACAUGGAGGACAGCAUCGUGGCCUCCUACACUGCUCUGCUACUGGGCUGUCUCUGCCAGGGGAGUCCGAUGAAUGUGACUACUGUGAGGGAAAACCUGCCCAAAGGAGAUUUCUCAAUAAUGACAGAAAUGCUCAAGAAGUUCCUAAAUUUCAUGAAUCUUACAUGUGAUGUGGGCACCGCAGGGCAGAAGUCCAUCUCUCGGGUCAUUGACUAUCUGGAGCACUGUUAGAGACCUGACUCUGUGGGGAGGGACCACACUGGGGGCUGACCACUCGCCUCACACAGAGACCAGGACAGUUUGGUAGACCCAAGUCCAGACACACACACACACACACACCACACCCACACACACAGCCUGCUAAUAACAACCACCUAUCUUCAUCAUCGUCAACACCACGUUCACUAUACAUACUGUGAUGGCCUCCCUUCAAACACGCGAGGCCUGAAGCACUGUUUCAGUAUUCCACCACUCCUAUUAUGAUGUCUGUUUGGAACAGGAGAACUCGGAGCAGAUAACAGAAAAUAAGAACAACCUUCCGUUUAUAUUCUAGACGUUCUGUGUUCCAAACACUGUUUUUUUCCCCUUUCUGUUCCCUCACGAAGUUGUAAUUUAUGAUUCUCAGAAUGAUAUUCAUUAAAUGCUUAUUUUUUUUUAUUUUUUUUUUUGGUUUGUGACCAUUUUUCUUUAUUCGAUACCCCCAAUUGUGCUAUUCAGGUUGUGCAUUUAUAUAAAAACUCCUUGUAUCCCAAAUCGAUAUGUUGCCUUCUUGCUACAUCUGCCACAUCCUCCAUAGUUUUUUCUGCCUGCUGUAAAAGAUGUCUCUCCCCCUGCCUCCCUCCUCUGUUUACUUCCGAUUUGUCAUCAAAGUGCCUGUGUGCCUGACCCCCCCCCUUCAAUCCAUAGAAAGCAUUCGGCAGUGACCCACACAACUGGAAUAGGAACGCAAAGCAAAAGCUCUCAGCCCGCUUUGAAAUGCUGAAAGCCCCCAGAGCCCAACGGCCCCACUGCACUGAAGCGCUUUUAUUGCCUUCACGACUGUCCUCCUUUUUUGUGUGUGUGUGUGUUCUAAAAACCUCUGUCGUUGUCGUUGAGGGGAGGGUGUAAAAAGGUUUAGAAAUGAACAAAUAGAUUUUCUUUCUGUUUCGAAGUACAUGGAGUGGCGAGGAUGAGAGAAUUGCUAGUUUUGUGAGCACCUCACCUCUGCCCAAGUCGAUACUUUCGGAGAUUGUAGUAGUUCAAGGACAGACCUGAAAUGGUCCUCAUCUGUAGUUUUCACUAACGUGAGAGAACUACAUAAUUUAGUCUGUACUGGAGAGACUAUUGGGUCUGAAUGGCCACAGUGCUUCAGCUAGCUGUUAAAGGCUGUAGACCACAUUACAGUGUUGGUUUUCUGUUUCUGAAUAAAUACAUGCCAGUCUGGCAUUAAGUUAUGUUCUUCCUCUCUUCAAUGCUUCAAUUUCUUUUUAAGCUUUUCUCAAAAAAUCAACUGGACUAAAAGACUACAAGUAUAAUUUUUUUUUUUUGCUUUUCAAACUUUUUAAUUUAAGCACUUGAAUUGAUAAGAGCGCUGUUGUUCAUGAACUGAGCCUCUCAGUUUAGCGGUUUCUGUAUCCAUACUCACUCCGUUCUGAGUUUCAUAAUGUGAUGCCCAUUAUAUAACCAAUCUGUUUCAUGGCCAGUGUUCUCAGUUUUGUUCAAUUCAGGCUUGAUUGGGACUGCUGUCGGCUGCAUGACGUCGUCAGCUAAUUCGUUGGUUAUAUGCUGUUUCCCAUAGUUUUCUCCUAUAAAACUGUAAAAUCCUCUUAUCCCAGCUUGAAUGCGGAGGUUAGUCGGUCGUGGGGCUGUUUGGCGUUAAGAUGUACAGAAUUGGGGAGAUUACGUUUCCCCAUUUAUUUCCUAGUUGCGUUCAUUCCCCUUUGUAUAUUUCCGACAUGUUUUUGUUUCUCUUCUACUACGCGCAUGCACACCCACAGCCAUGCAGACAUUAACGCUUCAACCAUCUCCAUGCACACACCCUCAUCAAUACUUUCUAAGCUGUUAAGCCUCUUGUAUUUCAAUCUGAUGUACGCUGUAGUCGGGAGCCACACCAGUCGUUUUUUUUUUUAUUUUUUUUUUUAAGCUUAAUUAACACUUCUGAAGUUUACAAGAGCUUUAUUCACAAAUCUGGAAAUGGAUGGAACAAUGUAAAUACUUUUGUAAAUAUUGGAAAUUUAGAAAUGGUAGACUACUUUUCUGAAUCCAAUCCAAUUUAUUUUAUACAGCAUUUUCAGUUGUUAUUUGAAAGACAGAUUUAAAAAGGUGUAAAAAGCCAAAUGCAGGAACAUGCUCUUUGUACCAAUUUCAAGAAUGUCUUUGGUUACUUGUAUAUAAUUUUAACUUGAAUAAAAAUUGCUACUUUCAGUA